AUGACGCUGUCGAAGAGCUGCGCGGGGCGGCCCGUCUGGAACGGCAUCGACUGGGACGUCUGCUUUCAGCAACAGGUGCUCAACUCGUCAAUACCACUGGCGCUGGUAGCACUCUCCUUUCUGUCUCUCGUCUUGCACCAGCUUCGCAGACGCCGGGCGCUGACAGCCUCGGCAGAGCAUGUCGCGCAUCUCGAUCCAGCAGCGUCCUCCUUCUCUGCUGUCCUCCACACCCAAUCUGCACACCAAUCCAACGGUCAUCGUCCAGUCGUGUCCCGUAGGUCGACAUCAUCAGGUCUCAUCGGCCUGCCUCGUCGCUUGCUCAACGCGAUCUUGCCCUGGAACUCGUCUCGCAUCCUGCGCAGCAACAGCUUCUCUUCGAUCCAGUCGGCCACACUUCCAUUUGCAUCCUCCAACGCAGCCUCGAAAGCGCAGACGCCAGCCGCCGCCUCGCAGGCCGCUCUCGAGGUCUUUCACACCGAGAAUGCUGUCAUUCUCAACGAGGUCCAUCUCACUCCUGCCACCGGCCGCGACCCCAACGCCGUCGAGCAGCUUCGGCGUCUUGAGGUGCUGCGUCGUGUCAUCGACGUCCUUGGCUCCGUAGCGCUAGCUGCCAUCCAUGCUGGCGACUGGGCCACAGGUUGGUACUCUCGCAGCUACACCAUCUACUGGGCCGUUCUUUGGUUCUACCUCGCCGGCCUAUCCGCCUACUCGCUUGCCUCGAAACACUCUUUCUUUUCGCACAAGGCAGCGCUCAUGUCCGUCUACGUGGUCAUCACCCUCUUCAAUCUUCGCACGGCGCUCCUCAGCCACCACGCGCAUCCUGCACUCCACUCUCGCGGUGCGGUCAUUGUGACUGUCAUCGAACUGGUCAUCGGCUGCAUCGUCCUGGCACCCUCUCUCCUGUUCCCUUUGCAGACGGUACUUCCUCGUGAUCUUCGAGCCAUCUACACCACCAUGUCGCCCGAGACGCAGCAUGGCGUGCCCGGCACUGCAUUCCCGUCGCCUCGCCUCACCAGCGCCGAUGGUCUCACACAGCCGCAGGCCGCCGGGGUCAACGCUGAUACAGCUGUGAGCGACCUCAUUCCAGCCCCAGAGGAAACCGCCUCCCUGCUUUCUCGUGCCACCUUUGGCUACGUCACGCCUGCCAUUGUCAAGCACUACAAGGUCCAGUUCACGCUCGCCGCCAUUCCAGAUCUGCCCGUCGCGGACAAGGCUGCCGCCGUCGUCGCUUGCUUCCGCGCUUACACCUCUGCACGAUCCGAAGAGCCCCAAGGUCCAUCCCGUCGCUCGCCAAGCACCCAGAAGCACGGCUUGCACGCGGGUCUCGCUCCUUCCACUCGGCCCUUGUGGCGUCGCCUCUUCGGCCAUUUCAAGUGGUUCCUCGCCUUGCAAUUCUUCUGGGCCACCUUGGAGGCUGUGCUCGACCUCGUGCCACCCUUCUUCCUUCAAAAGAUCCUUGCAUUCAUUGCUGCAAGAGACGAACAGCGCCGCACGGGCAACUACGAAGGCGCUGAGCCUCUCCACCUCGGCAUUCUCUACGCCUUUGGCAUGUUCGUGGGUCAGAUCUUCGCUUCCAUCUCGGCCUCGCGGGCACUCUUUAUCGGCAGGCGUAUCUGCAUCCGCCUGCGUGCUAUUCUGAUCACCGAAAUCGUCACAAAGACGCUCCGUCGCAAGGACAUUGGAAGCACUGGCGACAGCGACGAUGCAAAGAAGGACGGAGAGGACGACCAGACCGAGGACGAUUCAUCCGCUGCUGCCAAGAAACCCAAAGCGGGCGACGCUAAGGACGACGCAACGCCCAAGCGCGCUACCGAUGGUCAAGUCGUCAACCUCAUCUCGGUCGACGUCUUCAAAGUCUCCGAGAUCUGUGCCUAUCUCCACUUUCUCGCCCCUCGCGCGCCGCUCGUCAUCGGUCUCUGCCUCGUGUACCUCAUCGUGCUGCUUGGCUGGUCUGCCGUCAUCGGCUUCCUUGUGCUGCUUGCUUCGCUGCCCAUUCAGACGCUUGUCUCGCGCUGGUUUGUCAAAUUGCAGAAGCGCCUGCUCGAGACCACCGACAAACGUCUCAACCUGGCCACCGAGGUGCUCGGCUGCAUCAAGACCGUCAAAUUCUUCGCCUGGGAACGCUCCUUCAACGCGCGCAUGGACGAAGCUCGACAGCGCGAGCUUCAAGUGCUCGCCACCCGCUACCUCGCCUGGCUGUGCAACACCUUUACCUACAUGGGCACGCCAAUGCUGGUCACUUGCGCUACUUUUGGAGCCCACACCAAGAUCUUCCACCAGCCGCUCACCGCCGAGAAAGCUUUCACUGCUCUCGCCCUCUUCAACACGCUUCGCAACCCGCUCGACGCGCUUCCAGAUAUGAUUGUGCAGAUCCUCAACUCGCUGGUAUCCGUGCGUCGUAUCGACACCUACUUGCGCGAAGAGGAAACGCAAAAGUAUCAGCAACUGCUGCGCGACGAAGAGUCGAGCGACCUGGAUGACGCUGAGGGCAGCAGCAUUGGCGAGGUCGCCAACGGUAGCUCGAUGCGAUCCCGCUCGAGCAAAACGAUCGGAUUCGAAGAUGCCAGCUUUACCUAUGUCGAUGACAACAGCGAAGUCGACGACGGCGCUUUCAGCCUGCGAGACAUCAACCUUCGCUUCCCGGUCGGUAAGUUGAGCAUUGUUGCUGGACCCGUCGGAUCAGGCAAGACGACCCUUCUGUUGUCGUUGCUCGGCGAGACUCGUCAGCUCAGCGGACGCACCUUCAUGCCAUGCCCCGUAGCGCGUGCUACAGCAACCAUCGACCCUGCCACUGGUUUGAGCGAGUCGGUGGCGUACUGCAGUCAGAGUCCCUGGCUGCUUGGCACGACGCUCAAGGAGAAUGUAUUGUUUGGCUCUCCCUACGAUGAGCGUCGCUACCGUGCUGUCGUCAAGGCUUGCGCACUGGAGCCCGAUCUCAAAAUCCUCGAAUACGGUGACGAAACCGAGGUGGGUGAAAAAGGCACCUCUCUGUCUGGUGGUCAGAAAGCUCGAAUCGCACUCGCACGUGCACUCUACUCGUCGGCCAAGCACGUCCUCAUCGACGAUGCGCUCUCGGCCGUAGACAGCCACACUGCUAAGCACCUUUACCGUCACGCGCUCAAGGGCGCGCUUGCCAAGAACCGAACCAUCAUUUUGGUGACGCAUGCCAUCAGCCUUUGUCUCCCUGGCGCUGCGUUUGCCGUCGCCAUGGACAAUGGCAGCAUUGUCGUAGCAGGUACACCGGACGUGGUCAAUGCGACUGGCGUCUUUUCGGAGGAAGGCGAGGCUCUGCAAUCGAGCCUCAAAGCUGGCCAUGCCGCCGAGAACGAUCACGAGGAAAUGACCAUCGAAGAGCUCGCGGCGGGCGGCAGCGACGAAGCGGAGCGCGAGGAGAUGGCCAAGAAGCUCGAGAAGAAAAAGGCACACACCAACGAAGAGACUUACAGCGCCGGUGCAGUCGGCACCAAGAAUUACGGCUUGUACUUGGGAUCCGUGGCCACCAAGGCGCGCUUCGCCGUCCUGCUGUGGGGCUCGCUCCUGUUGUUCUUCUUUGCUGUGCGACUGCUCGAUAUCGGUUCUGGUGCUUGGCUCAUGCGAUGGGCCAAGUCGCACGACUACCGCGAAGAGACCUCCGACAUGCGAGUGGCAGCCGUGCAGGUCUCGUCUCAGCAGCCGCCUCGCUACACGUACGAUCAGGCGCAGACCUUCAUGACGACGCCUUUGAUCGACUCCCUCUGGACCAAUCGACCUUCCUUGCUGGGCAGUCUUCGCCUGGACGACAUCUUGCAUCGAUUGCCCGAUCCGUUUUCGGUCUCGAACUCAGCUUCUGCUGUCACCAACGGCGCAUCCGAAGACCUGCCCGUCCGACCAUCUUUCAUUGGAGGCGCCUUCCAUGGACAACAAGUACUUGCGCUCGAUUCGCAAAGCAUCAACAGCACAUUGCACGAAGGCAAUGUCGCCACCCUUGCUCGUCGAGCAGUGACCGCACAAGACCGGCCCGGCAAUAAUGGGGACCUGGAUACCUACUACCUCAGCAUCUACCUGGCCAUUUCAGUUGGUUUCAUGAUCAUGGCGGUGCUGCGAGACGGUUACGAGUUCUACAUCUCGCUUCGCGCCUCGCGUCGGAUCUAUCGACGACUCACGGACGCGAUCUUGAACGCCAGGCCGCAGUUUUUUGACCGCACGCCGGUGGGACGCAUCAUGAACCGACUCUCCAAGGACGUCGAGACGGUGGAUCAGGAGAUGGCGGUCUGCAUGCUCUUCUUGCUCGAGUGCACGCUCACCGCCACGGCGAUCUUGGUGCUGAUCUGCUGGGCCACGCCGAUCUUCCUAGUCGUUGCGUUGCUGGUCAUCUGCGUCUACACGGUGAUCGGUGCGCUGUAUCUGGUCAGCUCGCGCGAUCUGAAGCGCAUCGAGUCGGUGGAGCGAUCCCCCAUCUACACGGUGGUGGGAGAAGUGCUCAAUGGCUGCGUCAUCAUUCGAGCAUACGGUGAUGCGGGACGAUUCACCCGCCACUGCUUGCGUCUGGUGGACAAGGCGAACCGGGCUUUCUUCUUCCUGUGGUACGAGAACCGAUGGCUGUCGGUGCGUGUCGACAUUGCAGGAGCGUCGGUGGCCUUCUUGUCGGCCGUGUUCUUGCUGCUGCGCACCGACAUCAGGGCGAGCUUGGCAGGUUUCGUGCUGGCGUACGCGAUCACGUUUGUCGAGUCAGUGCUUUGGAUCGUGCGCAUGUACACGCAGACCGAGAUCAACAUGAACAGCGUCGAGCGCAUCAGCGAGUACCUAGACCUGGAGCCGGAGCGUCAGACGGGACAGGAGCCUCCGGCCUACUGGCCGAGCAGCGAGGGCAAGAUCAAGAUCAAGAACCUGGCGGUACGAUACACCCCCGAGUUCCCUCGUGUGCUCGACGGCAUCGACCUCGAAUUUGCACCACGGGAGAAAGUGGGCAUCGUGGGACGCACGGGGUCGGGCAAGUCGACGCUGGCGCUGUGCUUCUUCCGCUUCUUGGAAGCCGAGCAGGGCUCGAUCGAGAUUGACGGCAUCGACAUUGCCUCGAUCCCCAUCCGCACACUGCGAGAGCGACUCACGGUGAUCCCGCAGGACGCACAGCUUUUCAGUGGAACGGUGCGAUCCAAUCUGGACCCCUUCAAUGUGUACGAAGAUGGUGAGCUGUGGAUGGCGCUCGAGAGGUGUCGAUUGGCGUCGUUCGCUACGCCUGCAGCGUCGCGUGCCGUCAGCCGCGCUCCCAGCCGUCCUGCCUCGCCUGGCCCGGAUGGGGAGGAGACUGCCGGUCAAGCCAACGAGGAAGUGGUUGCAGACGCCGAGAUGUACGGCCGAACCAACAUCAUCACCUCGUUGGAUGCGCCGGUCGAGCAAGGCGGCCGUAACUUUUCCGCAGGCCAAAAGCAACUUCUCGCCCUGGCACGUGGAUUGCUCAAGCUUCGCGACUCGAGGAUUCUCGUGCUGGACGAAAGCACGGCCAACCUGGACUCUGCCUCGGAUGCGCAGAUUCAAAAGACGAUCCGACAGGAGAUGGCGCCGCAGGCAACCAUCAUCACGAUUGCACACCGGAUCAAGACGAUUGCGGACUACGACAAGAUUGUGGUGCUGGGCCACGGCAAGGUGGUGGAGAGCGGAUCGCCACUGGAGCUGAUGGAGAACGAGUCGAGCGUGUUCCACUCGAUGUGCGAGCAGAGCGGCGAGAUGGGCGAGCUGCUUCGCAUCGCAAAGGAGGCGGAUGCGCAACGGUCGUCGUAG